UCUGUUGCAGUAUAUUCUUCCCUAGUUGCAUUAUCAAAUUUAACCCAAAUUGAAAUUGAAUAGCAAUAGACCAACCAUUUCACCUAAUGUUGUGAAAGUGGGCGCAUGGAGAUGAUACGGUACGUGCCUAUGAUCUGUGCAAGUGGCUAUCAGAUAUAAUAAUAUUUGAUACGGUGAGUUGGUGUGAAUGGUGACCCUGGUUUUUUUUACUGUAGCUUUCAAUCUACAACUCUGUUCUCUUUAUUGAUUGAUAGUCUACACGUCUGCGCGCUUCAUGUUCCAAGAAUGCGGCCCAGUUCGUCUAUCAUUUUAGGUUUUUUCAAAGAAAUUUCUGGACAGAAAGCUCUACGCGUGCUAAUUGAAGCAAGUAAAUUUCAUUUUCAUCAACUCCACCAGUUGAAAAUUGUGAAUCACUGAGGUAUUGCCGCCAGGCUUUGCAGAUGAACCAAUAGUGUGUGUAUAUAUAAUAUAUAUUUUCGCUUUUGAACUCUUGGUUUUACCUUUCGUGGGCGUGCUGUCCCCUGAAAAUUUUCUAUUCUAGCUGACAUGGAGUUUUAGUUGUUGUUUUCCCAUUGGAUAUUCCACUUUCACAAUUUAUUCUCACUAUCUACUUCAUUUUGAGCAGCCUGCAUUGUUGUUUCUGUUUCUUUUUCUACUCGUCUUCAUUGGCAAUGUGAUUUCUGCACCGUGACUGUUCGUAACCUGUUCGCUAUAAAGCUAAACCCAUUCAUCAGGUGCUUGUUGCAUAUCCAUAAUGAAAGAUGAAACUGUGCUAUGUUGCGAGCUCGAAUUCUGGGCAUAUCUUAUCGUAUGUUUCAUCCUUGCGUCGUUUGCUGGUAUCACAUCAGGCCUUGCUUUAGGCCUCUUGUCUUUCACCAAAGUUGAUCUUGAGGUCCUUAUAAAAGCUGGCCAGCCCCAACAUCGGAAAAAUGCAGCAAAGAUUCUGUCCAUUGUAAAGAACGAGCAUUUAGUAUUGUGUACCCUCCUUAUAGUCAAAUCACUGGCAAUUGAGGCAUUGCCCCUUUUCCUGGAGUCGAUUCUCCCACCCUGGGCAGCCAUUCUCAUGUCAGUCACUCUUGUAAUAGCAUUUGGUGAGAUCAUCCCUCAAGCUGUAUGCUCUCGACAUGGACUAACUCUUGGUGCAAAUUUGUCUCCCUUGGUUCAUUUUCUUCUGCUGUUCCUCUAUCCCAUAGCAUACCCGAUUAGCAAGCUGCUAGACUGGAUGCUAGGAAAGGAGCAUUCAGCACUUCUAAGACGAGCAGAACUAAAGACACUAGUGGAUUUGCACGCCGAUGAGGCAGGGAAAGGUGGAGAAUUGUCGCAUCAUGAAACUACUAUUAUUUCUGGUGCUUUGGAUUUGACACAGAAGAGUGCUAAAGAUGCUAUGACACCAAUAUCUGAAAUCUUUAGUCUAGAUAUAAAUUCCAAACUUGAUAUGCACACAAUGGGCUUAAUAAUGAGCAAAGGACACAGUCGUGUACCCAUCUACUCAGGAAGUCCAAGUAAUCUUAUCGGCAUCAUUCUGGUUAAACAUCUGAUCUUCUGCCAUCCUGAAGAUGAAACCCCAAUCAAACAUAUGAAUAUUAGAAGAAUUCCUCGGUAUGCAACUUGUAUAUCACAUUUGACCGUUUUCAGGGUCCAUGAAGAUUGGCCACUAUAUAAUAUACUAAGUCAAUUCCAGAAGGGUCACAGCCACAUGGCUUUUGUUAUGAAGAGAAAGAACAAUGUGAAAAUCACCGGUACUAAUGAAGUUGGCAAGGCUACUGUGUUGACUGUUGACACUGAUUCAAAUUCAAGACAAACAGAAGAAGAGAGAAAAGAAACUAGUCCCCUAUGCGAUCAGAUUGCGAGCAUUAAUGUGUCACCAAAUACUUCCCCUCUGCACUCUACCGACACAGAGUUCCAAAGUCCAACACUUAAGGGUGUAAUUGAACAGGGCAAACAAUUGGAUCCGCAAAGUAAAAUCUGGAAGCAAGGGGUUGGAGAUAUUUCAUAUAAAGAUUUAGAAUAUCCUCCAAAUAAUCUGGACGAGGAGGUACUUGGUAUUAUAACAAUGGAGGAUGUUAUGGAGGAACUACUACAAGGAGAAAUAUUGGAUGAGACUGAUGAAUAUGUAGCUGUCCACAGCAAAAUUAGAAUCAAUCUGCUGCCUUCAAGAACAUCAUCAGGAUCUUCUGGAAGAGUUUCUCUAUCUGAUCGUCAUUGGAAAACUCCACAGCCAUCUCCGCUUUCAUCAUACACUCCCAUACUCCGGUCGCCCAUACCUCCACAUACUCGGCCACCACUUGAAAGACCAAUUUUAUACGCUUCUCCAGCAAAAUCCACGGUCUCAAGGAAGCCUUAGCAAAGAGCCUAGUGAUGUUGAAGCUCCUCCCAUUAACAAUACAUUAUCUCAAGUGGGAACAAAUUCUAGCACCAUUCUAGGUAUACUAUAAUGCGCAAAACAAAUUUUGAUUUUUUUUUUCCUUGUAAUUGUUUAAGUUAAAUUGACAGAAAUCAUUUGGUAAUUAGUACGUUUAUUAAUUAACAUCCAUUAUAAUUUCAUGUA